UUCUAUUUAUUUUUGGGAAGAUACAUAUGUCAUUUUCAUUUUGUCAAAUAUUUUACAAUUUCCAACUCUUUGCCCUGCCUCGCUCUUCAUUUCUCUCAUUCCUCGGUUUCUUUUUUCUUUAAUCUGAACUUCACUAAGCUGCCAUGUCGUUUACAGGACUGGGUCGGCCAAAUGCCACAUCUGGCAUGUGCGCUGCCGGUCACGCCAAGGAUACAUUUUUGGAACUGAAAAGGAAGAAAAUUUACCGCUAUUUGGUAUUUAGGAUCGAUGAGAAGAAAAGAAAAGUUGUGGUUGAGAAAACUGGUGAUCCAGCUGAGACUUAUGAUGACUUCACUGCAUCUCUUCCCGAGAAUGAUUGUCGAUAUGCUGUAUAUGACUUCGAUUUUGUUACUUCUGACAAUUGCCAAAAGAGCAAGAUUUUCUUCAUUGCAUGGUCCCCUUCAUCAUCUCGAAUCCGUUCAAAAGUGCUCUACGCCACUUCAAAACACGGGCUUAGAGAGGAACUGGAUGGUAUCCACUAUGAGAUUCAGGCAACUGACCCUACAGAGAUGGAUCUUGAAGUGCUGAAGGAUCGUGCUAACUGAGCGUUGCAUAGUUUAACUGUUCCAUUCAAGAAGUUACCCCCCUCGCUUUGCUGACUCCGAGUUAGUCUUUGCUUCAUGUGCAGAAUCAUUUUCUGACACAAAAAAUUAGUUCAUGUAUAAUCCUGGAAUAACCAGAAUCUGGUGAAGUUGAUAUGAAGCUCUGGGCUUAACAUUAUCCGGUUCCUGUUAA